AUGGCUUCCUCCUCAGUUCUCACUUAUUCCUCCUUCGAUACCAUCGAAGACAACUAUCACGUCGUUCGUCGCGUCUUUGCCACUGGCAAGACACGUAGCCUCAAGUUCCGUAAGACCCAGAUUCAACGCUUGUACGAUCUCGUUCGUGACAAUGAGGAACGUUUCUAUGACGCCCUUGCCAAGGAUAUGCGUAAGCCUCGUUGUGAAGCAAUGAGCGGUGAUGUUGCCCCUGUUUUGGAAGAAUGUCUUUAUUUCCUUGAUAACUUGGAUCGCUUGGCAAAGGAUGACAAGAUCAAGCCUCGUUUGAACAUGAAUGCCAUGGAUACCUUGACCAUUCGCAAGGAACCCUUGGGUGCUGUCUUGGUCAUUGGUUGCUGGAAUUAUCCUUUGCAGCUCUCUAUGGUGCCCGUGGUAGGUGCCAUUGCCGCUGGUAACACCGUGAUCCUCAAGCCCUCGGAGAUUGCACCCCACACUGCUGCUCUUCUUACCGAGUUGAUUCCAAAGUACCUCGACAGCCUUUGCUAUCGCGUCGUCAAUGGUGCCGUGGAUGAAACUACCGAGUUGCUCAAGUAUCAUUGGGAUCACAUCUUUUACACUGGUAGCCCUAUGGUCGGCAAGAUUGUCAUGAAGGCUGCUUCCGAACAUCUCACUGGUGUUACCCUUGAACUUGGUGGCAAAUCCCCUGCCAUUAUUUUGCCCGAUGCUGAUUUGCAGAUUGCUGCCAACCGUAUUGGUUGGGGCAAGUUCUACAACUGUGGCCAGAUUUGUAUUGCUGUUGAUUAUGUCCUUGUUCCCCAAGACAAGAUGGAUGAGUUUGCCGAAGCUUUCCGUAAGACUGUCCAAAAAUGGUUCGGCUCCAAUCCCAAGGAAUCGCCCUACUAUGCCCGCAUGGUGUCUGAACGUCAUGUCAAGCGUGUCGUUGGCAUGCUUGAAAACCGAAAGAGCGGUGCCAUCGCCGUUGGUGGUGACUAUGAUGUUGAGGACCGUUACAUUGCACCCACCCUUGUGACCGAUGUCAAGUUCAAGGAUGAAGUUCUUAUGGGUGAUGAGAUUUUCGGUCCCAUCUUGCCUGUGAUCCCUUACUCCAACUUGGAUGAUGCUAUCCACAUGGUCAAUCAAAACCACCCUCCUCUUGUCCUCUAUGCUUUCACCAACAAGAACAAGCUUGCCAAGAAGAUUUUGGAUAACACCCAAUCUGGCGGUGUAUGCAUCAAUGACUGUUUGAUGCACCAAGCAGAAUACUCUCUUCCAUUCGGUGGUAUCGGUAACUCGGGUAUCGGCAACUACCACGGUGAGCGUUCCUACCGCACAUUCACUCAUGAGCGCUCUGUGAUGGCCAAGAAGCUUGGUAUGGAAAGCUUGAUGGGUAUGCGUUAUCCCCCUUACACCGAAAGAAGCGUUGGCAUGUUGCGUGCCUUUAUGAUCACCUCCCCUCUCGGACUCAAGAUCAGAGCCUACAAGGGCAUUGUCAAAAAGUUGGUGCUCUUUAUCAUCCUCCUCACCUUGUACUAUAAGAGAAGAUAA